GAUUUAAUACCUAUCAUAUAGGGAUAAACGAAAACUGAUAAAUAUUGUCCGUUUGUUGGAUCACACAGGAGCAUACUACUUCAGAUCGAAGGCUUACAAAAUGGCAAACUUCAUCUUUGGUAUAACUGGACUAUUCGUUCUUAAUUUUCUAUCAACUUCAAGCGAAGGAGCACAAAUACGUCUACCACCUGUUGGCAACAGGCUGAUUUUCGUAAAGAGAUCAACGGCCAAACUGGAAUGGUCGUUCAACGACAAUGUGACGAACGUGCGUUUUCGGUCUUGGUCGUUUACUAGCGGUGAGGGCUCGAAGAAGGCCGUACAACUAGCGAGAAUAAUUGAUGACGGUACCGUCGAGAACAGAAGCAACGCGCUCGACUUCAAAAUAGAAAAGCCAGCGACUUUAGUUUUGAAUAACGUCAGUCAGAUUCAAAAUGGAACGUACAAAUUUACACUCGUAACAUCUGAUGGAUGCGGUCAGUCUGAUGUUGUAGUUCUUAUUGCAGUGAAGCCAGCGGUGACUGUCAGCUGUUCCAGCCCGUUCAUUGUAAAAGAAGGUGAUCAUUUCACGUGUGUUUGUACGGAACAAGGCAGCAAUCCUCCAGCCACUGUGAUUUGGUAUAAGAACAACAGAAGUAUUAGUGAGCAAGGAAAGGAAAGACAAGCUUUGAGUUUUCGUAAUGUUAUGAGAAAGGACACCGGAACGUACGAAUGUGUGGCGAAAAGUCACUACACCGACAGAAAAUCAAUCGAAAUAAUAGUUCAUUACAAGCCUAUCAUCACAGCGAUAACCAUCGCACCAAAGACAGUUGGGGUUGGUGGAACGGUAAACAUCACGUGCGAAUUCAAUGGUCUUCCAGAACCAAAUAUAAAAAUAGAAAAAAGUGGUAGCGAUACUGUCUUCAGAAGCAAGAUGCAUACUAUUGAAGAUGUGAAAAAGGAUGAUGCUGGAGAAUACGUUUGUGUUGCAAAUAAUUCGAUUGGAAGUGAUUCAAAAUCUGCUACUUUGAUUGUAACAGUGAAGCCAGCAGUGACUGUCAGCUGUUCCAGCCAGGUCAUUGUGAAAGAAGGUGAUAAUUUCACGUGUGUUUGUACGGAACAAGGUAGCAAUCCUCCAGCCACUGUGACUUGGUAUAAAGAUGGCAAACAGAUUAGUAACCAACGGAGGGAAAGACAAACAUUGAGUAUUAGUAAUAUUGAAAAAAAGGACAGUGGAACGUACAGAUGUGAAGCCAAAAACCUUGUCAGUGAUGAAGAAAAAUCCAUAGAAAUAAUAGUUCAUUACAAGCCUAUCAUCACAGCGAUAAACAUCGCACCAAAGACAGCUAAAAUUGGUGAAUUGGUAAACAUCACGUGCGAAUUUGAUGGUCUUCCGGUACCAGAUAUAAAAAUAGAAAAAAGUGGUAGCAAUAGCAGCAUCGCAGACAGCAAGAUGCACACUAUUCAAGAUGUGAAAAAGGAUGAUGCUGGAACAUACGUUUGUGUUGCAAAGAAUUCUAUUGGAAGUGAUUCAAAAUCUGAUACUUUGAUUGUAACAGAGCCAACCACUGGACCCACAGGCACUAAUCAUACAUCUAAAAAAUCAUCAGCAUGUGCUCUAAAAACGGGAUGGAAAAUCGCUUUGUUGUCAUUGGUAACAGCGGGAUUAUUCCAGUACUCUUAAUUGUAUUUUCUAAAAUCCGUAAAAGUAUAAACAUGCAGUGUACCAUGUUCGAGUCUAUAUGGUGAUGUGUAGUCAUGUAGUA